UGAACAAUUCGGUUGCCGCGUAGUUCAUUCAUGGACGGUACAUCGGGAUGGCAUUAGGACGCAAAAAUGCUACUCGUCUACCUCCAGAGGUAAAUAGGAUCUUGUUGGUGAAAACCUACCCUAUAACAUAUCAGCGGAAGAAAUGUAUGAUAUUUUCGGCAAGUACGGUGCUAUCCGUCAAAUUCGCAUCGGCAACACCCCUGAAACGAAAGGAACUGCUCUGGUUAUCUAUGAAGACAUUUUUGACGCUAAGAACGCUUGUGAUCACCUCAGUGGCUUUAACGUUUGUAACCGAUAUCUCGUAGUUCUGUACUACCAGAGAAACAAGCAAUUCAAGAAAACUGAUGUAGACAAAAAGAAAGAAGAAUUAGAUCGAUUGAAGGCAAAAUAUGGAUUAAAUACUCCGAAAAUGAAAUGAUUCAUUUCACAACGAAUCUGGAGCUUUUCCGCGGUUUUCUCACACCGGACGUUCUUAAAUCCUUGUGCAAAUAAAACUUAUACCUUUGACAAAAUAAUCAAUAAAAUGUAUAAAAGUAACGUGAUCAUUUUUUGACAGUAAACUUCAGAUAUUCUGAUUACAUGAACAAAAUGUAAUCAUGUUGCAGUUGUGCUGUUCUAUAUAUAUAAAUAUAAACCAAAUGUAAUAAAACAG